CAGACACAGUCAUCCUUGUCCACAUUAAACAAGAAAUGACUCAUCAUCCUGCUUACCACUGAGUAGACGUUUAGUGUGUUUUGUGCUUCUACCUGGUUUCCUUUAGUGAUUUCAGAAAUGAAUAACCGUCUCAUCCAAAUAUCUGGCUUCUUGAUUUCAUCACUGGGGUGGGUGUUUGUGAUGUGCACCUUGGCCAUGGACAACUGGAGGGUCGCCCAAAUAGGAGGAGAAGGAGGCUCCUUUAUCAUCAAAGUGGCCUGGCAAUGGUCCAACCUGUGGAAGGACUGUUUUACCGACUCCGCAUCUAUCACUAACUGCAGAUAUUUCCCUGUGAUCUGGAGAAUCACUCCUUACCUCCAGGGAGUACAAGGAUUGCUAUUAGGCGGGAUAACUCUUGGAUUCUUUGGUGUAGUACUUUGCUUUGUUGGGAUGGAGUGCACUUACAUUGGUGGUGCUGAUAAAACCAAGGACAAAGUCCUUUUUGCAGGAGCAGUGUUUCAUUGCGCUGGAGGUGUGUCAGAUGUGUCUGGCUACUGCUUGUACUACAACUCAAUUGUCAGAACAACCUUUACUCAAACUGCAGGACAAGGAAUAUUACGAUAUGAACUAGGACCUCCCAUAUUUGUAGGAUUGGUGGGAUGUCUUUUCAUCCUUUUAGGGGCUGUGCUUUACACUGUGACGGUCUACCAAGUAAUCUGCCCUGAAAGUGAAGUGGUAUAUGCCCAUGGAGGAGGAACAUACAUGACCCCUCGCUCCAGAGGAAGCGCAUACUACAGACCCCCCAGGCUGCAUGAAUCUUAUAUGAGCUCCAGACGAUCCAGCAGCUCCAAGAGCUCAAAGCUCUCUCAGACAACACCGACGAAAAUCUCAGAAAGAGAUGCAUUUGUGUAGUUGCUAUGUAGUUUGUAGUUAUUUGUUGUUUUUUUUCAUGCUCUUCAUUUCAUGCUAUUUAGAAAAAACAAGUCAUACUCUACAUGUAUGAUAUACUGUCUUGUGUUGACUCAUAAUUUGCUGACUUUAUUGUGAUGUAACCAAAGCACAUAUUACAAAUACGAUUGUCACUGGAAUAUGUAUAACUGGAUAUAUAGUAAUUUCUUUUAAAACCUUUGUACCUAUAAAGAAAA